CUUGCCUCGUCACCGAGGUAUUGUUGUGGCAUCCCCAGAGGAUGAAACCCUCCGGUAUGCAACUGACCUGCCGGUGAAUUCGAAAUUCCCCUCAAGAUUCCAUCGUUAUAUUCUUCCUCUCAUGUGCUUCCUCCCCUGAAAAGACCUCCCGGUGUUUCUAUUUGACCUAAGCCCAACAUUUUCGGCCAAUCCCACCACCAAGUACAUCAAAUACUCGCCUUUGCUAUGAAGCUUCACUAUAUCUCGCUCGCCCUCGUCGGGUUCCUGGGCACGGCUGCUGCCCAGGGAAUGAAUGGUCUUCCUGAUUGCGCGAAAGAAUGUGCCACUGGGUCAAUUCCCGACACCUGUUCGAUGAUCGAUAUCAAGUGCAUCUGCUCCACCAAGUCAUUCCUAACGGAUAUCUCCUGCUGCGUUAAGACCAAAUGCUCCGAGGACAAGCAGAAAGAAACCAUCAAAUUUGCCCACAAGAUCUGCAGCGGUGCUGGCGUGAACGAUCUCCCCCAGAGUGCGAGCUGCGCCAGUGAAAGCUCCACUUCCACCAAAACGUCAUCCGAGUCCACGACCCAAUCGGCCACUUCGACCGGUGUGACUGGCACCUCAAGCCCGUCAGCAACGGAUGCCAAAGGUUCGAGCACGGAUACUUUGCCAACCGCGUCCAAAUCACCCGAUAGCGGUCGUUCAGCGUCGUCUCCUACUUCGAGUACCGACGCUGCCGCUGUCGCUCAAAGUCAAGGCAUGGGUCUAUUCGCGGCUGUCGGUGCUGCCCUCUUCGCGUUCCUGGCAUGAGUGUGAAGGCUAUGGCACUAGCGUACGCUUUAUUGAGGACGUCUGCAUAUCAAGCGCACUGUGAUGCGACCUUACUUCAACUCAAAUAAUGAUGCCGGUGGUGGGGUGACUGCUGCAAGAUGGGCCCACGACCUCUUAUGGUCUUGAUCUCUAUCAAAAAUAGUUAAUGUGUAUAUCGUUUUGCACCGUAUUGGGUGCGUCUGCUAUAUAUCCAUGGUGUAGCCGAAGCUCGCGGGGUAUCCGCUGUUUUACUGCGGCAUAGCAUACUGUAGCAACUAUCUGCUCAUACUCGAAGUGACAUCAAUAGCCUAACCAGC